GUAGCGGAGGACGGCGUGGCGAGGCGAAAGCUUGCGAGACCCCUAGAAGACCAGCGGGACUUAGGAGACGAGAGGCGUGUCUGGGGAGACCUGAGGCUCGGGGCGCGCGUGAUUUCCCCGGCGCUCGUGGGGCGCGCGCGGAGUUCGCCCUAUGGCCGGGACUCCGGGCCGCGGUCCCUGGGGGGGUCCUGGGCUUCGCUACCUUCUUGGCUUCCUGCUCCCCGGACUGCUCUUCCCAGGAACUGUCGCCUUCAAUCUGGACGUGAUGGGCGCCCUGCGCAAGGAGGGAGAGCCCGGCAGCCUCUUCGGCUUCUCUGUGGCCCUGCACCGGCAGUUGCAGCCACGACCCCAAAGCUGGCUGCUGGUGGGCGCUCCACAGGCCCUGGCUCUGCCCGGGCAGCAUGCGAAUCGCACGGGAGGCCUCUUCGCAUGCCCCCUCAGCCUGGAGGAGACGGACUGCUACAGAGUGGACAUCGACCGGGGAGCUGAUGUGCAAAAGGAGAGCAAGGAGAACCAGUGGUUGGGAGUCAGUGUGCAGAGCCAGGGGCCUGGGGGCAAGAUUGUGACCUGUGCACACCGAUACGAGGCGCGGCAGCGAGUGGACCAGAUCCUGGAGACGCGGGACGUGAUUGGCCGCUGCUUCGUGCUAAGCCAGGACCUGGCUGUCCACGAUGAGUUGGACGGUGGGGAGUGGAAGUUCUGUGAGGGGCGUCCCCAGGGCCAUGAACAAUUUGGGUUCUGCCAGCAGGGCACUGCCGCCACCUUCUCCCCGGACAGCCACUACCUGCUCUUUGGAGCCCCGGGAACCUAUAACUGGAAGGGCACGGCCAGGGUAGAGCUCUGUGCUCAGGGCUCAGCGGACCUGGCAGAUCUGGACGACGGGCCUUACGAGGCAGGGGGUGAGAAGGAGCAAGACCCCCACCUCAUCCCGGUCCCUGCCAACAGCUACUUUGGUAGGGACCCCUUCCUGGCCCAAAGCCACUCUAACCCUCUGCUCCUUUCUCUUACCCUCCCUCUCCACACUCCCAUCCUUCUGUCUCGGUCUCUGCCUCGCACCCACUUUUUCUGCCUCCGAUUCUUCUCUCUGUGGCCUCUUCGUCUCUCUCGUCUCUCUCGUUUUCUUUCUCCAUGUCUUCCUCUUCCGCCUUCUUCUGGCCUGUUUGUCCUGCUCUGUUUCCCCGCUCUGUGGCUCCGCCUCUGGAUGUCCCUUCCCUGGUGUCUGCCCCCUCCCCACCCCGCCGCAGGGUUGCUCUUUGUGACCAACAUUGAUAGCUCAGACCCUGACCAGCUGGUGUAUAAAACUUUGGACCCUGCUGACCGGCUCCCAGGACCAGCCGGAGACUUGGCCCUGAAUAGCUACUUAGGUUUCUCCAUUGACUCGGGGAAGGGGCUGGUGCGUGCAGAGGAGCUGAGCUUUGUGGCAGGUGCCCCCCGUGCCAACCACAAGGGUGCUGUGGUCAUUCUGCGUAAGGACAGUGCCAGCCGCCUGGUGCCCGAAGUUGUGCUGUCAGGGGAGCGCCUGACCUCUGGCUUCGGUUACUCUCUGGCCGUGGCUGAUCUCAACAGUGAUGGCUGGCCAGACCUGGUAGUGGGUGCCCCCUACUUCUUUGAGCGCCAAGAAGAGCUGGGGGGUGCUGUGUAUGUGUACAUGAACCAAGGGGGUCACUGGGCUGGGGUCUCCCCUCUCCGGCUCUGCGGCUCUACUGACUCCAUGUUCGGGAUCAGCCUGACUGUCCUGGGGGACCUCAACCAAGAUGGCUUCCCAGAUAUUGCAGUGGGUGCUCCCUUUGAUGGGGAUGGGAAAGUCUUUAUCUAUCACGGGAGCAGCCUGGGGCUUGUUCUCAAACCUUCACAGGUGCUGGAGGGUGAGGCCGUGGGCAUAAAGAGCUUCGGCUACUCCCUGUCGGGGGGCCUGGAUGUGGAUGGAAACCAUUACCCUGACCUGCUGGUGGGCUCCCUGGCCGACACUGCUGUGCUCUUCAGAGCCAGACCUGUCCUCCACGUCUCCCAGGAGCUCUUCAUUGCCCCUCGAACCAUCGACCUAGAACAACCCAACUGUGCUGAUGGCCACUCGGUCUGUAUGGACCUCAGGGUGUGUUUCAGCUACAUCGCAUCUCCCAGCAGCUACAGCCCUGCUGUGGCCCUGGAUUACGUGUUAGAUGGGGACACAGACCGGAGGCUCCGGGGCCAGGUCCCCCGAGUGACCUUCCUGAACCGUGGCCUGGAUGACCCCAAGCACCAGGCCUCGGGCACUGUGUGGCUGAAGCACCAGCAUGACCGGGUCUGCGGAGACGCCAUGCUGCAGCUGCAGGAGAAUGUCAAAGAUAAGCUUCGGGCCAUUGUGGUGACCCUGUCCUACAGUCUCCAGACCUCUCGGCUCCGGCGACAGGCCCCUGGCCAGGGGCUUCCCCCAGUGGUCCCCAUCCUCAAUGCCCACCAGCCCAGCACCCAGCGCGCAGAGAUCCACUUCCUGAAGCAAGGCUGUGGUGAGGACAAGAUCUGCCAGAGCAACCUGCAGCUGGUCCAGGCCCGCUUCUGUGCCCGGGUCAGCGACACGGAAUUCCAGCCUCUGCCCAUAUGGCUGUGGAGUGAGACUGGUCCCGGGGCCCACGGGGGCUCCCUGGCAAGGAAUAACAGUCCUUCAGUUAUUCAGUUUGCAUGCAUCACAUUGCCCAGUCUUCACAACCGUGUGAGGGAUGCAGAUGGCACCACAGCCUUAUUUGCACUGAGUGGGCAGCCCUUCAUUGGCCUGGAGCUGAAGGUCACCAACCUGCCCUCGGACCCAGCCCAGCCCCAGGCCGACGGGGAUGACGCCCAUGAAGCCCAGCUCCUGGUCACCCUCCCUGCCUCUCUGCACUACUCAGGAGUCCGGGCCCUGGAUCCUGCGGAGAAGCCACUCUGCCUGUCCAAUGACAAUGCCUCCCAUGUCGAGUGUGAGCUGGGGAACCCCAUGAAGAGAGGGGCCCAGGUCACCUUCUACCUCAUUCUUAGCACCUCGGGGAUCACCAUUGAGACCACGGAGCUGGAGGUGGAGCUGCUGUUGGCCACGAUCAGUGAGCAGGAGCUACAUCCAGUCUCUGCUCGAGCACGUGUCUUCAUUGAGCUGCCACUGUCCAUCACAGGGGUGGCCACCCCCCAGCAACUCUUCUUCUCCGGUGUGGUGAGGGGCGAGAGGGCCAUGCGGUCUGAGCGGGAUGUGGGCAGCAAGGUCAAGUAUGAAGUCACGGUCUCCAACCAAGGCCAGUCACUCAACACCUUGGGUUCUGCUUUCCUCAACAUCAUGUGGCCCCAUGAGAUUGCCAACGGAAAGUGGCUGCUGUACCCCAUGCGGGUGGAGCUGGAGGGCGGGCAGGGCCCUGGGAAGAAGGGGCUCUGUUCUCCCAGGCCCAACAUCCUCCGCCUGGACAUGGACAGCAGGGAUAGGAGGCGGCGGGAGCUGGAGCAGCCGGAGCAGCAGGAGCCUCCUGAGCAGCUGGAGCCCAGCACGUCCUGGUGGCCAGUGUCUUCUGCUGAGAAGAAGAAAAACAUCACCCUGGACUGCGCCCGGGGCACAGCCAACUGUGUGGUGUUCAGCUGCCCGCUCUACAGCUUUGACCGCGCAGCUGUGCUGCACGUGUGGGGCCGCCUCUGGAACAGCACCUUCCUGGAGGAGUACUCAGCUGUGAAGUCCCUGGAAGUGAUUGUCCAAGCCAACAUCACGGUGAAGUCCUCCAUCAAGAACCUGCUGCUUAGAGACGCCUCCACAGUGAUCCCAGUGAUGGUAUACUUGGACCCAGUGGCUGUGGUGGCGGAAGGAGUCCCCUGGUGGGUUAUCCUCCUGGCCGUGCUGGCCGGGCUGUUGGUGCUGGCGCUGCUGGUGCUGCUGAUGUGGAAGAUGGGAUUCUUCAAGCGGGCACGGUACCCCAAGGCCACAGUGCCUCAGUACCAUGCGGUGAAGAUUCCACGGGAAGACAGGCAGCAGUUCAAGGAGGAGAAGACGGGCACCAUCCUGAGGAGCAACUGGGGCAGCCCCCGACGGGAGGGCCCCGAUGCCCACCCCAUCCUGGUUGCCGAUGGGCACCCUGACCUGGGUCCCGAAGGACACCCCGGGCCAGGCUCCGCCUAGCUCCCUGCGUCCCAGCCCUGGCCCCCCACCCCUCCCCAGAUGCGGCUCCUGGGUGGAGCGGGUGGAGUGGAUUGCUGGUGUCACAUCAGCAUUUGGCAGGAUCUGCUUCCUCAGGGGCAUAGACCUCCCCUCCCCCCCACUAGGGCUUCCCCUCAGACUUCCCCCUAGAAUGCUGUGAGGUGAGAGGGGUGUACCAGGGAUGGGGCAGCGGGGCAGGGCAAGAAGGCAAGGGUGUCCUGACUCAGAGGUGGGGAGAAGGGACCCUGAUCCUUCCUUCUCCCAUGCACUUGGUUUAACAAGACCCCAAGAACCUGUCCCCCGAAAGUGCCUUAGCCUAGAGGGUCGGAGGAGGAUGCGUCCCUGACUCAGGGGCUCCUCCCUCCCUAGUUCCCCUCUCCUCUGACCUUAGUUUGCUGCAUCAGUUUAGUGGGUUUUGCCUAUUUAUUAAAAAAUAUUUGAGGACAAAA